AUGGAGGCUUUGUCUGCUAAUGGAGGAGAGUCCUUUCUAUCCACCUGGACCGAUCCAGGCCAGCGUGUAGAGUGCUCUCCUGUGGCAACAGAGCUGGAUCAGAGAGACAAUGUUUCCCCAAGUUGGAAGACACCUUUUGGAGUUGGAGCUGGUCUCUGGAAUAUGGGAAACACUUGCUAUGUGAAUGCAGCCCUACAGUGCCUGACAUACACGCCACCUCUGGCCAACUAUAUGCUGGCCCGGCAGCACAAGCCAACCUGUUCUGGUCUGAGGACCUGCAUGAUGUGUGUUAUGCAACGACAUGUCACUCGGGCUCUCCGUCGUCCGGGACGUGUGAUCCAGCCUUUGCACGCACUGCUUGCCGACUUCCACAGAGAAAAGCAGGAAGAUGCACAUGAGUUUCUCAUGUUUAUGGUCGAGGCCAUGCAGAAGGUGGAUCUUCACUCUGAAGAUAGGGAUUUAAUUCAGCACAUCUUUGGCGGCUACUGGAGAUCUCAAAUCAAGUGUCUCCACUGUGGAAGCACUUCGGACACCUUCGACCCUUAUCUGGACAUUCCUCUGGAUAUCCAGGCAGCUGAGAGCGUGGAGCAAGCUUUGACGCAAUGCGCAGAGCCUGAGGAACUCAGUGGGGAAAACGCCUACCAUUGUGGUGUUUGUCUCCAAAAGGUGCCUGCCUCCAAGACGUUGUCUUUACACACUUGCCCCAAGGUCCUUAUCUUCCUGUUGAAACGUUUCUCGGACUUCACAGGGGAGAAGAUUGCUAAGCAUGUGCAGUAUUCUGAGUGGCUCGACAUGCAGCCCUACAUGUCUGAGCACAACACGGGACCAGUCUUGUACACCCUCUAUGCUGUGCUGGUCCAUGCUGGCCACACUUGUCACAGCGGACAUUACUUUUCUUAUGUCAAAGCUCCAGAUGGAUGCUGGUACCAGAUGAAUGACAACAAAGUAACUGCCUGUGACAGGUCUUCUGUCAUAGCUCAAGAUGCCUAUGUCCUCUUUUAUGUCCAGAAGCCUAACCUGGAAAGAGACAAUAGUGGCAUGUCACUAGACAUGGAAGAAAGAGCUCUUGGGUCUGCGGACAAGGACAUGAGUGUAAAGAUAAGAGAUCUACAAGUAGAUUCCUACAGGGAACAUAUCAAGUUAGAGAAGCAGACACACAAAACACAGGUGAAACAGAGCACUUUAGAUGAGUGGAAGUUUCUCCAAGAACAAAACCAACCAAAGACUGAGUUGAACCUUAGGAAAGUAGACUGCAAUCUUCCAGCCAAUGCAGUCCUGAUGCACCAGUCAAAAUACACUGUUGAGCUGAGGAAAACUCAUCCAGAAGAAGAAAACACCUGCCCAACCAAUUCAGCCAGAAACAUUUCAGGUCAAGAGUCCACCAAGAUGAAUGAAGCACCAUGUCUAGGAGGAAGUGCCAGAGCUACCAAGAAGAAGAAGAAGAAGAACAGGAAGAACAAUCAGGGCAAGAGAACUGUGCUUGUGAUUUAG